UAUACAUACGUAUACUAGGUUUAAAUCGUUUUUAUCAUCACGUUUAUCAAAACAUUUCAUUGUGCAUGUGGGCUAGAGAUAUAUACAUAUGUAUGUAUGUUUGUACAAUGCAAAUGCAAAUAUGCACAAACAUACUACAUAUGUAUAUUGAUCGAUUCAUUGACGAAAAUAAAACGGUCACAAUCAUUAGGGCAAAAUACGCGAUAUUGGUUAAAUUGACCUGAGGAUUUUUCAAGAUAAAAACUGAUAAGCCAACGUACUUAUUUAAAAUAUAUAUUCAGUGAGAAAUAAAAAUUUUUAAAUUUAUUGAAAUAUGUCGUGGAGAGUACGUCGAUUUUUGAAACAAGUUCGAGAGCAAAAAGAAGAGGAAAAAGUAAUCGAAAAAGAGGUCGCAUCUAAGUCUAUUGAGAAUAAUGACUGUUCAACAAUUACAAAUUCAUGCUCUGAUAUUUGUACUGAUCGUUCACCCAGUUGUCAGGGUAGAUAUGUCAAUUGGAUGAGCAGGCAUACAGAUUUGGCCACACAGCCAUGGUGCUGCAUUAGUGAUUUAAUCCACUUUUGCGAUAAAUAUGAAUACCAAUCGUUCGGGCUUAGUGACACAAGUACGAUUAAUAACAUUGUUGCUGAAGUCAAGGCUCUACUAUCUGUUGGUCAAGCUCCUUUCGAUAUACGUAAACGCUUUCCAGGAAAUAUUCAUAAUCCGGAAAAUUUGUGGAUAUGCAUAGGAAGUUGUCCUGGUGUGGAAUACCAUUUGAAAAAAAUUUUGAGUGUGUUUCGAAAACCUCUUGUACCAUUGCCUGCAGAUAAGCUACGAGUGGCAAGACAAAAUUUUCACAUGGCAGUCGCUCAACUACGCUUAGAUAUAUCAGCUCGCAUUAGCGCAGUUAAUCUUUACGAUCGCAAUAUUUUCGAAAGUGAAUAUCAUUUGCAUUGGGAAGACGAAGCCGAAUAAGAUCUACAAAUAUUUGAAUCAAUAUUAAAAUCAACCAUAUAAAUUUUGUCAUAAUAUUCAAUAAAUUAAAUGCGUAAAAAAUUAAAAAA